GUUACAGGAAGUUUUGGUUUUGUCUUUUCCCGAGUACGUUUUCGGCUUUUUCAGAGAGCAGGGAUUUCUGGUUAGAACAAAGAUGGACAGAUAAGAAAAGCAUCAAGCAUCUCCAAGGAACCAGAAAGCAGUAUGACAGAAGAUAUGCAAUCUCUCAGAACCUUUUUUCUUUACAAGUGUCUGUUUGCAUUAACUUUUUGGAACCAUGUCAGCCUGUCUGUGGAAAAUGAACUCUUUAUGUCUGUUUCUAACCAUUUUCCAGAAGAUGGUUCUAACAAGAAAAUCAGGAGCCUGCCACUCCUGUAUACAAAUAGUCAUCAUCACAAAGAUCAUUUUGACUGGAUUGUGAUAGAAAACACUACAGAAAGUCUGUCAUUGUCAGAAAUCACCAAUGACAAUGCAAAAAAAUUAGUGGCUUUAUUAUCUAAUUUUAAACAAGGCUCUAGGUUACAAAAUCUGACACUGACAAAUGUGUCAGUGGACUGGAGUGUUCUUAUUGAUAUUUUUCAGACUGUAUGGCACUCAUCCAUCGAAUACUUCACUAUUAACAGUGUAACACAAUUGGCAGACAUAAAAAGCUAUGACUUUAACUAUUCAGGAACCUCUAUGAAAUCAUUGACAGUGAAGAAAGUUUUAAUCACAGCUCUGUACUUCUCACAGGAUGACCUCUACAAAAUAUUUGCAGACAUGAAUAUAGCAGCCUUGGCAAUAGCUGACUCAGAGAUGAUACAUAUGCUGUGUCCUUCAUCUGACAGUCCCUUUAGAUACUUAAACUUUUUAAAGAAUGAUUUAACAGACUUUCUUUUUCAAAAAUGUGACAAAUUAAAUCAACUGGAGACAUUAAUCUUGCAGAGGAAUAAGUUUGAGAGCCUUCCCAAGGUAAGCUUCAUGACCAGCCAUAUGAAAUCACUGAGCUAUCUGGACAUGAGCAGCAACUUGCUGCGUCACGACGGAGCUGAUGUGCGGUGCCACUGGGCCGAGUCUCUGAGGGAGCUGGACCUGUCCUCCAACCAGCUGACGGAUGCCGUGUUUGAGUGCCUGCCGGUCAACAUCCAGAAACUGUCCCUGCAAAACAAUCAGCUCACGAGUGUCCCCAGCGCGGUGGCUGAGCUGCAGUCCCUGACAGAGCUGAACCUGGCGUCGAACAGGCUGGCCGACCUGCCGGGGUGCGGCGGCUUUCCGUCCCUGGAGCUCCUGAACGUAGAGAUGAACUCGAUCCUCACCCCGUCUGCCGACUUCUUCCAGAGCUGCCCGCGGGUGAGGGAGCUGCGGGGCGGGCACAACCCGUUCAAGUGCUCCUGUGAGCUGCAGGCCUUCGUGCGCUUGGAGAGGCAGUCUGGGGGGAAGCUGUGGGGCUGGCCGGCGGCCUACACCUGCGAGUACCCAGAGGAGCUGCGAGGGACGCGGCUGCGGGACUUCCACCUGAGCGAGCUGGCUUGCAACACGCUGCUCUUGCUGGUGACGGCCCUGCUGCUGACGCUGGUGCUGGUGGCCGCCGUGGCCUUCCUGUGCAUCUACCUGGACGUGCCGUGGUACGCGCGGAUGACGUGGCAGUGGACGCAGACGAAGCGGAGAGCUCGGCAGAGCCGCCCCGAGGAGCGGGAGAGCGUCCUGCAGUUUCACGCCUUCGUCUCCUACAGCGAGCGCGAUUCGGCGUGGGUGAAGAACGAGCUGAUCCCGAACCUGGAGAAGGGGGAGGGCUGUGUCCAACUGUGCCAGCACGAGCGCAACUUCAUUCCUGGCAAGAGCAUUGUGGAGAACAUCAUUGACUGCAUUGAGAAGAGCUACAAGUCGAUCUUUGUGCUGUCUCCCAACUUUGUGCAGAGCGAGUGGUGUCACUAUGAGCUGUACUUUGCUCACCACAAACUCUUCAGCGAGAAUUCCGACAGCUUGAUCCUCAUCUUGCUGGAGCCGAUCCCUCAGUACCUCAUCCCUGCCAGGUAUCACAAGCUGAAGGCUCUCAUGGCAAAACGGACCUACCUGGAGUGGCCGAAGGAGAGGAGCAAGCGUGCCCUUUUCUGGGCUAACCUCAGGGCAGCUGUUAGCAUUAACCUGCCAAUGGCUGAUGGAAAUAGGUAUGGGGAAACUGAUUAGGAAUCUUUCUAAUGGAGUUCCUUCUAUUUUUUUCUCAGUGAAGCAAUAAAUACUUCAUGAUUUCCA